AUGAGCCGACCGACGCCAAAGACUCUGCACAAAUCCUUAUCACCCACCCAUCCGCCGGACACAACCAAGCCGGCCGGAAAAGCCCCGCCGGGCCCCGAAAAACGCUACACAAAUCAUCGCAGUGCUAUCCCCAACGCCAACGCACACUGA